AAAAGCGAAAACUAAAAUUAAAAGAGAAACAGCUGUUGCUGCGAUGAACCGAGUAAAAAAACAAACUGUGAAACAAACUGGAAAUCAAGAUGAAAUUAAAGGCAAUGCAGUGUGCGUGGGCAAACGUAUCGUCGACGUACAAGUUCUCGCACAAAACUUGAAAUGCCCACUGUGUCAUACAACUUUAAGUUUGGAAAACAUUCUGGAGGAAACAUGUCAAGGUCUACACUCGAUUUUUACCAUAUUGUGCCUUAAGUGUCUCAACAAGCAUGCUGUUCUGACCGGAAAAGUGAGCAAAAUUGGUGGGCAUGAUUACUCACAAACAAAUCUUGCAGCAGUGCUUGGUGCUGUACAUUCUGGUGUCGGCUGCAAUCUGCUCAACAAAAUUUUUGCUUGCUUAAAUAUUCCAUCUGUAAGUAAAGAUACGUACAAGCGAUAUGAAUGUAUUGUUGGAAAAUGUAUAGAAGAAGCUGCCAAGGAGAGCUGUAAACGGGCCGCUGAAGAAGAAAGAGAGUUAGUCAUAAAAAAAGUUGAAAAGUUGUGCGAAUCAUUGUAAGAAUUAUUUUUAUAUUGUGAUAAAAACGAACUAAUUACUCUAUUUUUUAUCCACGUAAUCAUUUAUUAUAUUAUGUAUUGCUGUCAGAAUAGUUUUGUUUAAUUUUGCUCAGCACCUACUUUUAAUAACUCGAUAAAUUAACAAAAAUUGAUUUUUUUAUAUAGUUCUAUUUUCUAAAUUUAUUUUAUACGCAUGCUAAGUCAGCCUUUAUUAUUACAUGAAUAAUCAAAUCAUACAUCAAGUAAAUAUCUGAAUUUAAUGGAUUUAUACAGUUAUGUUUUACAAAUAAAAAAAAACACAAUUUUA